AUAGGUUGUGCAGUGUUUCUAACAAGUCUAAAGGACGCAGCAGCUCUGUUGACACUAAACUCUGGACACCAUCAAGUCAACAGCAGUGAAAGGUCUGUGCUGCAGAAAUCAAAAUGGAUUUUACAUAUGAAGAGUUUACUGAAUUUUACUCUACACUUAACUACAGUUAUGAAAGCAAUGAAGGCGAUAACACUCCACACGAGGAGUCAGUUUAUCAGCACCAAUCAACAUGUUCAAAGGAAAUCUUUUGUGUAUCUUUACUCGUGCUCAAUGUGGUCAUAUUUCUGCUGGGCUUCUGUGGAAACAUACUGGUCAUCUGGAUUUCUGGCUUCAAGAUGAAGAAGACGGUCAACACCACCUGGUACCUGAGCCUUGCGAUCUCUGACUUCGUCUUCUGUGCCUUCCUCCCUUUCAGCAUCACCAACAUGGCGAUGGAUGAGUGGAUCUUUGGCCAAUUCAUGUGCAAAUUCGCCCCCUCUGUUAUGUUCCUCAACAUGUUCAGCAGCAUCUUCCUCCUGGUCGUCAUCAGCGUCGACCGCUGUGUGUCAGUCAUGUUUCCAGUUUGGGCUCAGAACCAUCGCACUGUUAAAAAGGCAUCCAUUGUUGUUGUCAUGUCCUGGCUUCUCGCUAUUGCACUGAGCUUUCCCUCUGUCAUCUUCCGGGAUGUUAGCAGUCACAUGGGUAGGACCAUUUGCCACAACAAAUAUAAUUCAAACCAACAUGUGAUAGUUGCAGUGAGCCGCUUCCUUGCAGGGUUCAUUGUCCCUUUCAUCGUCAUCGUCAUCUGCUACUCUAUCAUCAUCCUCAGACUUCGAACCAACAGGAUGACCAAAUCUUCCAAACCCUUCAAAGUCAUGUCUGCACUCGUCGCUGCUUUCUUCAUCUGCUGGCUGCCCUAUCACGUGUUCGUCCUACUUGAGCUCAGCCAUCAAAACUACAACCACGGCCUUUUAACUGCUGGACUCCAAAUAGGUACUGCUUUGGCUUCAGCUAACAGCUUCCUUAACCCAGUGUUGUAUGUUUUCAUGGGCAAUGACUUCAAGCGGAAGUUCAAGAGCUCCGUGCUCUCAAAGAUGGAGAAUGCAAUGGUAGAGGAAGGCCGAACCACCAGCCGAUACCUUUCCAGGUCCAGCUCCAUGGACGGCAGAGCUUCUACACACAUCUAGAGACAUUUAUCCAAAACUGUAUACAUACUUUUAUAUAUUUAUAUAUAUAUAUAUAUACGUUUUCAAAUAUGCAAUAACUAAACACAAUAUAUAAAAAAUGUCAUACAUUCACAAUGCUUAUGAGCAUUUCUGUUGCACUUUUCUACUGUUGGCAGCAUGGAGAAAGCUGUUGCCAAUUCUGGCUCACAAACAUAAUGUAGUUGAAGAAUGCGAGCUUGAGCCAAUCUCUAAACUUGUACUUUACUCGUUGUGCACUGCAGGGCGACAUCAAUCUCAUCCAGCAGAAGGAAUAUUUUCAGAGCAGUAUUUGUGGAAAGUUUUGCAGGCAGUUUUUACUGCAGCACAUAGAUGAAUUUAAGUUGUAAAAUACAAGGGCUGUAAAAUAUGAUGUAUAUUGUCUCAUAAUAAACAUAAAAGUAUAUUAGCAUUAUUUCAAGCAAUGUCUGAAAUUAUAUUUAGCAAAAGGACACCUCAAGGAGCUCCUUUCACAAACAAUGUGUGUGUAUGAAUGGUGACAGUAUAGAUUUUAGAUUGCAGAUACAUUUGUGAGUCGUGCAGGGCUCUUGCAUGAUUGCAAUUAUGUAAUUCACUUUGAAUAUUUUCUUCAGUUUGUUGAAUUGAUUAUUGUAAAGUUUUAAUUUGACCACUGAACAAUUGACUUUGAAACAGAAACAGAAGAUCAUGAAGAACACUGGCAGAAGGAAAAGAGGCAAGAAUUGAUUACUGGUAUUUCUUUUUCACGCACCUCAGCUGUCCAAAAAGGGAUGUUCUGGAGUUGUAUUUACCGACACCACAGUAUAUGCAACAAUUUUUGUGUUGCAGCAUUUAUGUGUUGUAUCAGACUGACCCAAAUACAAUGUGCCAAUGGUUGGAGGACUGCUAUUGAAAUAAGUGCAGUGUAGUUAGCUCUUAUGAAUCAUAGAAAUACCACACACCCAGCUCCUAUUACUAGAUGACAAUAUUUUUGUUAUUUCAUGUAUGAGAGCUGUACAGUGAAUGUGACUUGUGCAAUAAAUGUUUCUGUUUUUUUUAAAUAAAGCUGUAACUAUCAAAAUCAG